CAGAGGAGGAAGGAACCCUGGCAACGCUGUCACAAAGCUAACGCUAACGUUACCCGUGUAGUGCUGCUAAGCUCCUGAUGCAUCAGCUUUGUCAACAUGCACUUACAAGUCUAUCAAGGCUGGGUACCAUUUGAUCUUUACCUCGUAGCUUCCCCCUAACGCGUGUUAACAAAUUCACAAUGGAAUUUUUUAACGAGCCGAGCUAGCAGACUUUUUCUUCGUCGUAGCCACAGUCAGUCGACCAGCUAACCAGAACGAGCUGUUGUUAGCUUGGUGAAUAUGGCGAUUGUGUCUGGCUCCUGUGCCAGGGUAAACGGGUCUAGAAAUGGGCCGUCUGUGUCGGCUACACCCUCCGGAUCCGUCGGACAGUCUCAGCCCAUGAUAGCGGUGUGGGAAUGGCAGGAUGACCUGGGCUACUGGCGGCCUUACAGCGGCCAGGUGAGCGCCUACAUCGAGCGGUGUCUGUCACCGCGGGGCCAGAGAGGAGGAGGACCCGGCUCAACGAGCAUCUGCCUCGGACAAUCAGACCCCAGCCUGUCGCCUUAUCUCAUCGACAUACCAAGCUUGAAACAGUUUCGGCAGGACACAGGAAAGACACGGUCAGUACGUCGGUCCCUGUUUGCCCAGUCCUCAGGCCUCGGCAGUGGUGUCUACUGGGAAUGGCUCAACGAUGAAGGAGGAUGGACUCCAUAUGAGACACGAACCUCUAUCCUUUUGGAGCACAGCUAUCAGGCCCGCCAAGGCACGGCAGAUUUGGGCCCUCAUGGAUACAAUUACAUAGUGGAUCUCACAUCUCUGGCUCAAGUCAACAAAGCAACGGGCUUCAGACGGCAGGUCCGGCGACAGUGUAACCUCCCCUAUCCACUGGCCUCCUCUGGCCCCCCGGCCAUCCCCUCGGGCCCUGCCUGCUCCUGCCAGCAGUGCUUGAGCCACAGCAGCACAGGACCCAUGCCCAGCCGUUCACGACAUUCCUUUUCAUCGGGCAGUCUGAACCGGCCCAGUCUUCAAGGGACAGGAAGGGCUGCCGCUGCUCACCCCACUUCUGUCUACUCGCCGUACCCCAGGAGACCCCUCUCUGUGGGGGGAAUGUCCUGGGGCAGCCCCUGGCCUCCACCACCCUCUGGUAGUCAGCUGUCUGCACCGCUUCUGACCAGCUCUACCAGCACCAAUGGGUUAAGUGUUCCUUCCAUCUCUGUGCAGCUGAAUGGAUCCACCAGUGUAAGCUCUGCCCUGGCAGGCAUGGCCUCCAUUUUGAUGUCAGCAGUGGGACUCGGCGUGCACUUCACCACUGCCCCCCUCCCUCAGCAGCAGCAGCAGCUACAACAGCAGCAGCAGCAGCAGCAGCAGCAGCAACCUGCUCCUUUCUCUCUUCCUCCUCCUCUCCUCCCCCCUGCCAGCAGGCCCAGCAAGCCCCACAGCAGCAGCAGCAGCAGCAGCACCACCACCAGUACAGUUAGGAGAGCAAAGAGGCAGCACAGGAGAGCCUCAGCUCAGAGACCCGAGGAGGUGAUUCAGCGCUACAUGGAGGUAGUUGGAGGAGUACCAGAUGAGGACUGCAUUAUCUGCAUGGAUCAACUGUCCAAUCCGUCCGGCUACGAGACACCGUCCGCAGAGGAGGGAGGCCAGAGCAUCCUGCCAGACACUGUGGGGAAAUUCAUCAGAUGUGGACACACCCUGCAUAUGCUCUGCAUGCUGGCCAUGUACAACAAUGGCACAAAGGACGGCAGUCUGCAGUGCCCCUCGUGUAAGACAAUCUACGGAGAGAAGACCGGCACACAGCCCAAAGGCAAAAUGGAAAUUUACAGCAUCGCCCAGUCGCUGCCAGGCCACCCAGACUGUGGCACCAUCCAGAUCAUCUACAGCAUACCACCUGGCAUACAGGGCCCGGAGCAUCCCAACCCAGGACAGCCGUACACAUGUAGAGGCUUCCCUCGCUUCUGUUUUCUACCAGACAACGACAAGGGCAGGAAGGUGCUGGAGUUGCUGAAGGUGGCGUGGAUGCGACGCCUCAUCUUCACCGUGGGAACGUCCAGCACCACAGGAGAGCCCGACACAGUGGUGUGGAACGGCAUCCACCACAAAACCGAGAUGAUGUCCAACCUGUCGGGCCACGGCUACCCCGACCCAAACUAUCUGGACAAUGUUCUGUCUGAGCUGGCCUCUCAGGGCGUGACAGAGGACUGCUUCAAACCUCUGGGCGGCUGCAGCGGCGGCAGCAGCUAGGUCACAGCUCCGAGCUUCACACACACUUCCACUCACUGCUGAGUUAAAACCCACCUCUGCGGCCAGGUGGACCUCCUGCAACCUCCUGUCUGUUCUUAAGUUCGUUCAAACCUCAUGGAGUGAGCAGAAGGGGGAGAAGUUAGCUGAGAAAAGGUCUCGAAGCGUCUCUGGAAGAAUGCAGAGUGGAGGGCUUGCUGAUAACGGUUUACGCUCCACUACAUUCCUGCUCAUCACAAAUUCCCAGAGUCUGAACUCAGAGAAAACUGGAGCCACUUUUUUUCAAACCUCCAUAAACUGGAAAUUGUGUUUUUACUUUGUUUUGUUUUCCUCCAUCAUGAGCCUCAUCUGUAUCCCCUUGUCCAGUUACCAUAAGACUGGCAGCUCACACUGGGGAUAAAAAUCUCUCUCAUUAAGCACUUUAGUUCUGACAGUGCGUUUAGCUGACAGCGUGUGAUUUCCCGGUAAAGGGCGGCGAACUUGUUUUCAAAUUGGGAAGUUAUGCAAUUAAGGUGUUUCUGCUGAAAACCUUUGUGUUUGACACAAAGUCACACUGAACCUUCUCGUAGCAAAGUGAGUAUAUAUUAGCCUAUUGGAUGAGAAGAGGCAAUACUUAACUGAUGUAAAUAAAACAGACAAAAAAAAUAAUGAAAAAAAUAAUGUAAAAACAAACAGGUUGUGUCCACAGACGCCAGUCGAGGAGAUAAAGUUGUUUUAACAUUUAACACUACUUCUGAUUUGACCAUCCGUUGUUAUAUUUUAAUCUAAUUUUAUAAGCAGAUGUCUGACGCACUCACAUGGUGAUUUGUCAUGUUAGAACUUUGCAGUAACUGUGCCCCCAGGCGCUCUGCAGCCAUUGUUUUUGUCACUUAGUAUGUUAAAGUUUGUGUGAAGGGACAAGGUUACCAUCGCAUAUAGCUCGACGACCUCAAUCCUUUUGUCCAGACAGAUGGGACGGACGGAAGAGAUAUUAAAGAAGAAGAAGAAAAAAAAGAAAAAGCUCCGGUUAAGAACAUUUUACAGUGUGACAAUCAAGGUCAUCGAACUCGUCUUGAUUAAACAAGACACGUGAAGCCGCGGCGAGCAUGUUAAUGUUCCCGCUGGCUGCAAACUCACCUCCUGUAUCCACAUGCAUUAUUCUGCUCACAGUACUGCAGUACAGAUGCUGAACUGAGUCUUGACAUGUAUACAAGCAAAACUGAAAAAAAGUCUCUGCAAUAAAGAAAUAAGGCAAAAUGAA